AUGGCAACCUCAUCAUUCGAAUUUGCGCUCACAGGUGAUUAUCCACCCAUCUCAUACGUUAAUUUCGAAGACCUGAAAGCACGCAUUAUGUCGAUGCCAGAUAGCUUGAUCCGACGAGAGGUUGGCCAACAUAUCGCACUUAAGCAUGUGGCCCAGGAGGAAUUCAACUUUAUCGAGGACAACCGUGGGCAACUCGGGACUACCGUUAGAUUGUCGUACUUUCCUGAUAUUCAAACACUGAUCGUCAAAGUCCCAUCAAGGGAACAUGAGAAAGCUCAUGUUACCUUCGGUGGUCGCAUGUCCCGGAAAGUCUUCAUGAUGGGUGUGGGGGUCCUGGAGUUUCAGGGCCUCGGGGCCACGAGGUACACCGGAUCAACCGCCAGUACCAAGGAGAGCGAUUCUUCGUGGACAAACGAUCUAUUGAGACCUAGGUCCUUCCCGAUGCUGGUGAUUGAAGCUGGGGUCUCGGAAUCAAUGCGCCGCCUAUGGGCGGAUGCUGCCUGGUGGAUGGCGAACUCGAAUGGUCUGGUGAACAUCGUAUUGCUGAUCAAAGUCACAAAGAAUAGGCGCAAGAUUGACAUCGAAAAAUACAUUCCCACGCGGGCACUGCCAACUCGUGCCCGACCAGCCCCAGAAUAUAAGCCGCUGAAAGUAUCUACAAUCAGGAUUGACCCGGGGGUUAAUCCCCCAAGGAUUCAGGGCGCCCCUCUCCGGCUUGAGUUUGAAAAGGUUAUUGGUCGCCGCCCGAACCCUCCGUUAGAAAAAGAUUUCGUAUUUACGGCUGCAGAGCUUCUUGAAUGGGCGAGAUAUGUAUUUAUCUAG